AUGACUUCGUCCUUACCAACCUUUCUUCUCGUUGUUGUUCUUGUUAUCACCAAUGCAAAUGAUAUCUCUUGUAACCAAGAUGAGCAUGAGCCAAUCCAAACAGCCCGGUUUGAGGUUUCCAAAGUCCUGAAUUGGGCUAAGGGAUUGAAAACAAUGUAUGAUUUUGAAUCCAACCUUACUAGUUUCGAUUCAUAUCGUGCUGGCUUUGCAUUGAGUCAAUGUGUUAUGAUAUACAAAUUAUCUGAGCGGAGGUUAACGCGGUUAGUAUCAUCAAGUAAGGAUCGUUCCCACAGGAAGGCGAUUACAUGGUUGAAUGCUGCAUUGGCUGGCAACAGGGAUUGUUUGGACGGCCUGGAGAGAAAUGGAUUUUCUUUUGAUACAAAAGUGGCUCGAAACUUGAAUAUCAUCCUGGAGAAAGCUCUGGAUUCAGUAGCGGACGAGCAAGGUGUUACAGGCCGCGGUCGAAUUGAGGCAUUUUCAAGCAUUGGAACGUCAUCAAAAGGACCAGAUUGGGGGCUUCUGGGAUCAUGGAAUCCUCAAUCCAGCAAAGCUCAUUUCGUGGUUGCACAAGAUGGCUCAGGGAAUUACAAUACCAUCAACCAGGCUAUAGAUGCAGCCUCUAAUCUGGGUCUAAACAGGCCAAAUCGAAUCGUAAUUUACAUCAAAUCGGGUGUUUACAAUGAACAAGUCAAUGCCAAAUUGACGAACCUGAUGCUCGUCGGCGAUGGCAUCGAUCGCACAAUCAUCACCUGCAAUAAAUACUCCGACCAAUCUGGCGGUACCCCUGAAUCAGCUACCUUCGUUCAACCCCUUCCCCCUCCCACUUCCGCAAAUCUGAAUUGGAGGUUUAUGAUGGCGGGAGGAUCAGAUUCUGUUGAUAUUCAAACUUUAUCAUGUGCUAAGUGUGGCAAACCAGCUCACCUUCAGUGCCCCAAAUGUGUAGAGUUAAAGCUUCCUCGUGAAGGCGCUGCUUUCUGCUCGCAGGAUUGUUUCAAGUCAUCUUGGGGUUCACAUAAAUCAGUUCACUUGAAAGCAAAAUUGUCAUCAUUAUCAUCUAGUGAGCAGGAUGCUGUCUCACCUACCAAUGGUUGGCUAUAUUGCUUGAAGAAAGGACAGGCUCGGACCCCAAAAAUGCCACACUUCGAUUGGACUGGGACUUUGAGGCCAUACCCCAUUUCAAAAAUGCGCGAGGUACCUGCCCACGUUGAAUUACCUGAUUGGGCGUCUGAUGGGAUUCCAAAGAUUGAACCAAAUAGUAAUCUGCAGCAUGUUGUUGAGAUCAAGACUCCUGAUCAAAUUCAGAGAAUGAGAGAAACUAAUCGAAUAGCAAGAGAAGUUCUGGAUGCUGCCGCCCGUGUCAUUCGACCUGGCAUAACUACUGAUGAAAUUGAUGCUGUGGUUCAUGAAGCUACCAUUGCUGCAGGUGCAUAUCCAUCACCGUUGAACUAUCAUUUUUUCCCUAAAUCAUGCUGCACAUCAGUCAAUGAAGUGAUCUGCCAUGGGAUCCCAGAUGCAAGGAAAUUAGAGGAUGGCGAUAUUGUAAAUGUAGAUGUAUCUGUCUAUUACAAAGGGGUCCAUGGUGAUCUGAAUGAAACAUUUUUUGUGGGUACUGUUGAUGAGGCAUCUCAGCGGCUUGUGCAAUGCACAUAUGAGUGCCUGGAAAAGGCAAUAGCUAUAGUUAAACCUGGAGCACGAUUUCGUGAUAUUGGAGAGAUUAUUAAUCGUCAUGCCACAAUGUCCGGCUUCUCGGUGGUGAAGUCUUAUUGCGGCCAUGGCAUUGGAGAGCUUUUUCAUUGUGCACCAAAUAUUCCACAUUAUGCUAGAAAUAAAGCAGUUGGUAUAAUGAAGGCUGGCCAGACCUUCACCAUAGAACCAAUGAUCAAUGCAGGGGUUUGGCGUGAUCGAAUGUGGCCUGAUGGAUGGACAGCUGUUACAGCUGAUGGGAAACGCAGUGCCCAAUUUGAACAUACACUCUUGGUAACGGAAACAGGAGUUGAAGUUCUCACUGCACGCUUGCCUUCAUCCCCUGAUGUAUUCCCUUGGAUAAAGUCGUAG